AUGGACUCUCCAGAGCCAAAUGCAGAGAAGAGGCCCAGGGAAGAGGGACUGGAUCUGCCAUUUAUGAUGAUGCCACAUCCCCUACUUCCAGUCAGCUUACCUCCUGCAUCAGUUGCCAUGGCAAUGAAUCAGAUGAACCAUCUCAAUACUAUUGCCAACAUGGCUGCUGCAGCCCAGAUUCACAGUCCACUCUCCAGAGCUGGGACCUCUGUUAUAAAGGAACGGAUCCCAGAGAGUCCUUCUCCUGUUCCCUCUCUGGAAGAUAAUCAUUGUCCAGGGAGUCAAAUUUCCUCCCACCCCAGCAGCAGUGUGUCCAGUUCUCCUUCUCAGAUGGAUCACCAUUCAGAGAGGACGGUCAUGAUGCCCAACAACAGAGAAAAACUUAUUGUUGAUCAGGAUAAUGGACCCACCAUCAAAAGGGAUAAUAAAGGCCAGUCGUCUGCAGAGGGUCUUCUUGCCUCCUGUGGGAGAUGUUUGGUCCCUGGUUUGAAUGUGUGCCAUUCUAUUUUGAUUAUUACAGCUUUGUUGUGUGCCUUGAAACCUGUAAUUGUGAUACCUCCAGGUGCUUUUCACAGUACUCAUGGGCAGAAAAAGCUGCUGUGUGAUUGUGCAGACUGA